AUGGCCCCGGUCCGGCGUUAUCUACGGAUUAGCAAGUUUUCCGUACUUGAAUGUCGGAUCUACCUCGAGGACCCCUCCGAUACGCGAUGGCUUCUUGAUAGCCGCGAGCCUGUUCUGCCUCGCAUCUUCGCCGCUAUUCGGCCAUUAGUACUUCCAAAACUGCGAGAGGAGAAUGAGAGAUUAUAUGCUAGAAAGAAAGGGAAACCUGUCAAGGAUAUUAUUGCGGAAGAGGAUUUCGAGGUCACUGUGUUUCUCCGGGAAUCGCGCACCCGCCAUUCGCUCCUGACGCGGCAUAAGGAUUUUGAACAGCCGAUAAAUAAGCGCACUCGGACUGAAUCAAGCGAGGAAAAUGGUGGACAGGCUGAUACCGGCAUCCUGGUUGAGAGCGAUAGCGAAUCGGAAGUGAACAUGGAUGCAAUUUCACAAGCGGGGUCAGAGGAAGAGGACAAUACUACAGAGGGGCAGCGCGGUAAACGCAAGAGAAAUGAGCAGCUGCAGGAACUACACGAGGGUGAGGACAAGAAGAUGCGUUUCAGAACAAACUACGAGGGUUUCAAUAUUCACGGCUGGAUGCUUUGUUUGCUUGUUACGCGAAAGGGAAACAAGGAAAGAGCCAGGAUCGAGGCAGCAGAGCCCAAACGCCAAGCGUUGAUGGAAGAGUGGAUAUCUACUCAGGCCCAGGGAGAUCUCGAUGAAGACUAG